AUGCCGAGACGUCCCAGCCUCCACAGACAGGCAGCCAAGCAGUGCGCAUUAUUCGUGGCGGAUCACAUACUUCCAGAUGCGCCAUCCGAAGAGGAAGUGAACCAGCAUCUGCGCGAAUUCUUGGACGACAACAAAUUGUAUUGCAAGAGCAACAAAAAACUGGUUCCGAUCUCCGUCCGUUACUUCAAGUCUGUUUUUCGCGACAUCUGCAGGGAAUGUGGUUGGCACGAUCGUAGAGUGUCCAUUUUCGCUUCGAUUUUGACCCUUUGUCGUCGCAAGAGUGAGGGGCUCGAUGAAGCAAUGCGAGCCAAGUACGGAUACGACAAGACCACAUUCAACCUCAAAAAUCUACUGAUCGCGUGUCGGUCACCGCAUAUGAAGCAAGAUGCACCUGAGCAGAAUAUUCCAUCCUCAGCCCUAACGACAGAAGACGACUAUGCCACAGAUCGAUCACAGUCAUCAUUUUCGGAGCGAUCUCUGAACGAGCCGGAGAAAGGAGCAUCCUCGCAACUCGCCCUUAGUUCGAGGUCCACGUUGGUCCCAGGCAAGAGAGAAGCCGCAGAACUGCAUCCGGGGGCAAGUGUCGCAAAACGUGCGAGACUGCAACCUCCGAAAAGAGCUCCCGCCGCACGCCUUCAGAACCGUGACACGGCUGUCGAGAGCAUGCCAGAUGCGCCAGUACUAGACCAAGCUUCACAACGGAGGCCAAGAUCAAGUUCCAGUGUGCUAUCUGCGCCUCCUCCAGACUACAUAAACGGACCACAAUCUGGCGAGGGUGCCGUGCUCAUUUUGUCCGCGAGUGACAGCGCAACCGAAGAGCAAACGCCUGAUGCAGAAAUGAUGAGCCGCGGAGGCGUUGAAGCUGGUUUGAGUGAUAUAUCCGGCCUUGUAAAGAGCGCGACGGACAGCCUUUUCCACAGUAUAAACCUCAGCCCAAAGCAGGAUGGUCCAGUUCCUUCUGUCGACGACCUCGGCCAACAACUGCAAGCUCUUUUUAUCAGGUGCUUUGGACCGGCUUGUAUCGUCACUUGGCGAGAGCUACGCGAUGCGAGCCGUUUCUCGGCUUCUCAAGUUGUCAAAGCUCUUGUUGGCGCGUACAUUUUCCAGGAAAUCUUUGACGAGAGGGUAUCGUGGUGCGACUGGAAUUGCAGAGGCCAGGCUCUGCCAAAUCAAACGGGUAUGCUGUUACUGUGGUCUAAUCGUGCCCACAUUGCAAUCGCUAACAUCUACAAAGCCGUAAAUGAGCGUGCGUUUAGCCUAUUAGCUGCGAUGGUGCACCCGGAUCCUUCCUGGCCCAGUUCACGGGACGUGUAUGCCCUCCUCGCAGAGAGACUGGAUUUCCCGACGCCCAACAAGCAAUCGUCGCCCGUCAAGCAGAUUGCAGAAAAGCUGUCGACAGAUCUUAUCGCAACAUUGGCUCCUUACAUCGACCAUUUGGUGCAGCUCGCCCGCGUUCUGGACGAACAGGCCGUUGGUGUGGAUGAAUGGCAACCCGCAUUUCAUACCGAUGUCAAUGCCGCCAUCACGAAGGCUUUGCGACUCCGUGUCAAUCUCUGGAAGGCCAAGCAACAUCAUGUCUUCUCUUGGCCUCCAUCUGGGGCAGCGUUGGAACUUUCGAGUAUGAUGCCGCUCCUUCAAACAUCGGAUGGCUCGAGGCAGCAGAUCGCUUUCACGUCAUUUCCGGGAAUCGAGGUGGCGUUUGCAGAGGAUGCUCGCCCCUGUCAGGUCGUUCGGGCUGCUGUCAUGACCGUGCCGACAUGUGGAGGAUUCGCAAAGCAGGACAAGUGUGCGGAUACGCGUCCAAAGAUCCGGCUUAGGCUCGGGGGAAAAGGUAUGCCAAGUGAAUCAGGAUUGAAGGUUGCAAUCUGA